AUGGCGCCGUCCAUCGAUUCGGCCCUGGGCACGGCCGACAUGGCCAACGAGCAGAGGGGCCUUCUCGAGCUCAUCGACAAGCUUCAGUUCGCCCAGCUUGACAAUGUCAAGCUGCCGCAAAUCGUCGUUGUGGGCGAUCAGUCUGCAGGCAAGAGUUCUGUUCUCGAAGCCAUCACCGGCACCCCAUUUCCUCGCGAUGCCGGCGCUUGCACACGAUUCGCAACCGAGAUUCGUAUGAGGCGAUCAAACGAGCCGUCACUCACUGUCUCCAUUAUCCCGGAUAAGCAUCGCAAUUUUCGCGACCAGGAGCGUCUGAAGCAAUUCGGCGGCAUGGUCGACCACGACAUGCCCUUUGACGCAUUGAUGCGGUCUGCCGUCGAUCUCAUCGCUCCCAAGAACAUUCCCGGCAGGUUUGCCGCCCGCGACAUCUUGGUCGUCGAGAAGCGUGGUCCUGACAUGCCUCUGCUCACUCUUGUUGACUUGCCGGGCCUUGUUCGGAAUGCCAACAACGACCAAUCGCUCGAUGACAUCAAGACGAUCGACACCCUCUGCGACCGCUACAUGAAGAGCUCUCGCACCAUUAUCCUCGCCGUCGUUGGAGGCAACAGCGACUAUGUGCAAGCACCCAUCCUCACAAAAGCCCGCCAGUUCGACCCCAGUGGUUCCCGCACCAUUGGUGUCUUGACGAAGCCCGAUCUUUGCGAGUCGAUCGGCCUCGAAGACAAGUUUAUCGAUCUCGUCCAGAACAGAGACCAGGCCAAUUUCUUCAAGCUCGGCUGGUAUGUCUUGCUGAACCCUGGACCUCGCGACCAAGGCCAGCCCUGGCCUACUGCUCGCGAGCGUCAGGAGCGCGAGCAAGAAUUCUUCGGCCGCGGCAAGUGGCGCGCCCUGCCAGAGUCCAUGUGCGGUGUGCCGGCGCUGAAGCAGAAGCUCAGCGUCCAGCUGCAACGUCACAUCGGCCGCCACGUCAAGACGCUCAGGAAACAGAUCCAGACGGCGCUGGAUACUUGCGACACGGAGCUCAAGUCCAUGGGCGAAGGCAAGGACACGGUCCCCGAGAUGCGGGUCGAGCUUGUGGAAGUCUUCUCGUCUUCCAAGGAGCUCGUCAUUCCCGCCGUCUACGGUUUCUACAAGAACCCUCCUCGCAAGAACUUCUUCCGCGCCACGGCCGACCCUCGAGGCACGCCCGCCCAAAACCUUCGCGCCCGCGCCAUUGAAGAGAACGAGAAGUUUUCGCAUCGCAUUCGCCAGAACGGCCGCAAGUUUGGCUUUGCCUCGUCGACCGACCCCCGUGCGCCCAACGCUGUGCCCCUCGGCGACAGCGGCAAGAAGGAGUUUGUCGCGCACGAGGUCGAGAUGCUCCUGCGCCAGAUUCGCGGUUCGGAAUUCCCCAUGGACCCCAAGCCUCGUGCCGUCUACAUGCUCUUCCAGAGCUACUCGGAGAACUGGCCCAAGCUGGCCCAGGAGCACAAGGACAACCUUGGAGUCGUCUGCAAUGAGUUUCUCAGUGAGGUGAUUGACUUUGCCUGGCCGCAGCGCAUGAGGGAGCCGCUUCGCGCGCAGUUCCUCGAUCCUCAGAUGAGGGCCCUCAUGGCCAGCGCCCAGGAGGAGCUCGAGCGACUUACACAAGACAUGAACCUUGAGAUUCAGCCCUAUGAUCCCGAGUACGAAGAGCGCCUGCGCAAGUGGCACGUCGAGACGACAAAGGACGGCGGCACCUAUAACGAGGCGCAGGAGGUUUUGGAGAAGAUGUUGAUCUUCUACGAGCUUGCCGCCAAGACUUUCAUCCGCAACACCAUCACACAAGUCAUUGAGCGUCACCUGCUGCAGGGCAUGUAUGGUAUCUUCAACUCGGUCGCCAUCAUGGGUAUGGCGGAUGACGGCGUCGAGGCCAUCGCAGCUGAAAACAAGGAAACGCGCGACAAGAGGAUGGCGCUCAAGACACAGAAGAACGCCAUUGAGGAGGCUAGAGACAUUUGCGCCAGCCUCGCCAUGCGCAAGGAGUUGCGGGCCUAUGCUGAUGAAGAUCGCGACAUCGAGGAAACCUCCGACGAGGACGACGAGUCGCGUCCCCAGGAACGCCCCCAACAGCACCCACGACAAGCCACCGCGCCCUCAAACACCCAGCCUCCCCCUCCCAGGACAUCGGCCGAAGCUCAUCGCCCAGCGCGCAAGCCCACGGCACCCCAGGCUGACGCCGCCGUGAACGGCAACUACACCCAUGCGUCGAAUGGCGCGCCCCAGGGCCUGCCCACGCCCCGCGUCGAGGCACCUCGCAUCCAGAGCUCGGGCGAUUGGCACGGCGAGGAGCAGCCGGUGCGGUCGGUGCCGCAUCAUGCCCCGCCCCCGCCGCCGCGGCCCGAGAAGCUGCGGACGGAGGACCAGUACGGGGUCAGCCCUGUGGAGAACGGCUACGGGUCGUACGUCGGCGAGACGGAGUAUCCCCCUUCGGCGUCGCGGGACUCGAGGCGCGUGUCGGCGAAGAAGCUGUUCGGCAGGUCGUGA